AUGUCUAUGGUCAUCUCGCGCCACCGGAAGCCGAACCUUGCGCAUGAUCUCGAGCGCCUCAAGAACGAGUUGAGACGCGACCCUCCUCAAGUCGUCGCUCGCUUUCGACGUCUCCUCGCCGAGUCGAGCGGCUUCGGAGACCCGAUACGUUCGACGGAUUUCCGAGCGCUUCUCGCUGACCUCACCAUCGCUGUUGUGCGACUGUUUGAAGAGGACAACACGAGGGCGGUCGACUUGGUGGAGGCUGGCUUGGUCGAAGCAGUCAUCGAGGUGGUCGAGUUGAAGGACUAUUUCUCCUGGCCAGUGUUUUGGCGCGCUAAACCACUUUUUGUGCUUUCCGUCACGAUAGAGCACGCCGGGCGGGUCAGCACAGAUGCUAGGGAUAGGAUAUUUCGCACGACAACGCGGCUGUUCAAAGGCAUCUGGGAACGCCGCGACAUCGUCAGGUUAGCCGAUCCCGGCGUGUACCAUCUUGGCGGUGCGGUAGAUGAUUCGACUGCAUUGUCUACCCUCCUCGAAGCGUACUAUCUGAUAUAUCGUUUCGCCGACCGUGCACCCGAGCUGGACACCUAUAUUCAUCACGUUCACAUCCUAUUAUGGGUCUUGUCGCGCGAGGAGGAUGAAGUUCCGGGUAUCGCGUUUCAUGGCAUGCUGACGACGUCGCUUUUUUCGGCAUGGGGCCCAAGCCUGAAAGACAUGCAAACGGCGGAGAAGGAGAUAGGACCAACUCCGGAGGCAUACCUGGACGUUUCCGCGCGCCUCGUAAGAGAGAGUAUCAUCGAGGGCAUGGGACCGGAUCGCUUUAUUGCCGCGUGCGAAGCCGAAUUGCGAGGUCUCAUUCGGCACCUUGAAUGCAGCUGCGGGAAUGGAGUCCACGAUGUUCAAGUUCUUGUGCUGCACGUCGUUACCCAUGACGAUGUGAUGCCUACUGUUUACAAGCGGGACCUACUUGUGCAAGCUUUGGACGCACUGAAAUUACUCUUUGAGAACGAAGUUGGCGCUGGCAAGUGCACUAGUCUUUGCAUGUCUUGCCUGUAUCUGGUCCAGAUAUACUACGUGUACUCAGCCAGGGCGGCUGUGAAGUCGGCAGAGCCCCAUCGGCACCCGGACAUUGUCGAUCUAUAUGUGAUUGCGAUGGAACUGGUAGCCGCAGGAUGCAGUCUGACUGUGUCCAAAGGAGACAUACACGGCGCGAUAACGGCGAGCCUGGGUGAUAUCAUGCAGCGUAUACAAGACAACAAGCUUACUGCUGGAAACAACUCCCCGAAGUACAUAUCGGCGCUUCAACAUCGCGCAGCUUUAUACUGGUAUCCAACGCUGCAGCGUCUGCAACGGGCGGUUCCCACAAUUGAACGAGAACGACAGCUGCGCACUGUCAACCUUGCAGAGACAUCUACUGUACUUUAUACCUGGAUUGCAUUCGGCGCUCUCCUCGGGCUCGAUGCCAAUGAGCAGCGUCGACGUCACGAAUCCGAUCGUUUACAGCGUUGUUGGUGGCGUGAAUGCCAGCGCUCACGCGACAGAGGCGAUGCUACUGUGAAGCUUCUUGCAUGCGCAGGUUGCGGAGAGGUACGUUACUGCAACAAACACUGCCAGCGCCUAGAUUGGAAAAUUGGAGGACAUAAGCGGAUGUGUCGAAGACUCAAAUGA